CCUACGGUCGUGCCUUGCUGGGAUUAAACCAACCGGCAUUGCAAAGGCAUCGGUAGCAACAACACCGGUUCCGCGUUUAUCCGCAAAACGACCGCCAGCCAGACCGGGACAGUUCCUCCCUACCGAUACAGCACCAGUCCGUGCGCCCGUGAGCGAUGCCGCUAAUCAUCCCGAGCGAAGUUUGGCACCCGGGAAGAGAAUAGACGCGAAGAGUGUGUGCGUGUAUGUUAGUGCGUAUGUUGGAAAGUUGUGUGUGCAGAGUAGCAAUCAUCCAAACCCCGCAAAAGUCCCGUCCGCUUGCACGGCCACCGUUGGUGUUCAUUUGCUGUGCGCGCUCGUUAGUUUUUAGAUGCAGUGAAGUGUUGUUAUUUUGGUGAGAUAUAGUUAGCAUUUAAGUCCUGCAUACGGUCGCACAUCGCUCGUUGCCAUUGGGUGUCGUUACGCGGAGAGGUAGCAGAAACAACAGCAGGAGCAGGCAGCAUGAGCCACUCGAGAAAUUAUAACUACUACGAGCCCUCGAGGUCCCGCAGCCGGGAACGCAGCUAUCGUCGAGAGUAUCGCGACGAUUCGGAACGCUACAAUCCAGGCACAUCGGAGUCGGGCCGCACACCGGCCGAUUACGGUGGCUCGUCGUCCAGUUACCGCAGAAGCUCGCACCAUCGAAGUUCACACUCCACCGCACACUACCACGACCCACCGGCCUCCUCGUCGGCAUCCGGCGGGGCGCACGAGUGUUCGUCACACAGCGGCAGCUCGUCCGGCAAGGUCGUGCUGGCCGUGUUCAAUCUCAGCGUGUACACCACCGAGGCGGAACUGUACGACACGUUUUCCAAGUUUGGUCCACUGCGAAAGACGACCGUGGUGCUGGAUGCAAAGACGGGACGCUCACGCGGAUUCGGCUUCGUGUACUUCGAGAGCGCGGAAGAUGCCAAGGUGGCCCACGACCAAGCGAACGGCAUUGAGAUCGGGGACCGGCGGAUACGGGUGGACUUUUCCGCCACCAACAAACCGCACGAUCCGACCCCGGGCGUCUACUACGGCAAGGUGUCCCAUCCCAAGACCGGAUACGGCGGCCAUUCUUCCCACGGUAUGGCCAGCUCGCACGGCUACCACCAUUGCAGGGCGUGCGAGGUGGAAGCGCGGGAACGCGAGCGAUGGGAACGGGACGCGAGAUCAAGGGAGCAUUACUACUACUACGACAGCUAUUCCGGUCACGACCGCAGUCGCAACCGUUCCAUGACGGGCCGGUCUGGCAGGAGCAGCGAUUACUAUCGCGGCGGAACCAGCAUUCGCUGACAGUGGUGGACUUCCUCCAACCAUGCACCCAUCGCUGCUGGUUGAAUCGU